AUGGGUAUAUUCUGUUUGGAAUGCUUGUUGAAGAUUGUAGCUUUUGGUUUUAUUCUUCACAAGGGAUCUUAUCUUCGCUCAGGAUGGAAUAUUAUGGAUUUUAUUGUUGUUGUAUCAGGUGUAGUCACCAUGCUGCCUUUCACACCUUCUGGCAACGAAGGAGGUGGAACAAUCGAUCUGCGAACGUUGCGAGCCGUUCGUGUGCUACGACCGCUGAAACUUGUUUCUGGAAUACCCAGUAAGAUAGAUAUUCACUUUUCGAGUUUGAAUGGCAUCGAUUUGGCUGGCUGCAUAUAA